UCCAUUACUUGCUUUCCUCUAAGCUCUACUGUUAUAUAGAUAUAAGAUCUCUACCAUGAGUUGCAUGACACAACAAUGGCUUGACCCCAUAGUUCGAGUGCAAACCCUAUCUGAAAGUGGACUCCAUUUCAUACCAAACAACUACAUCAAACCCGUCGUCGACCGACCUGAUUCGGAUAAUGCUUUGGAUGAAAUAAAUCUGCCCGUGAUCGAUAUCGGAGGCUUCAUGAACGGCUCGUUAGAGUCAAGCGAGACGACGAUGCUGGCGAUAUCGAAUGCAUGCAAAGAGUGGGGGUUCUUCCAGGUGGUGAACCAUGGAGUGAGCAACGAACUAAUAAGAAAGACGAAGGACAUGUGGAGGGAAUUCUUUCAUCUUCCCAUGGAGGAGAAGACAACUUAUGCGAAUUUGCCGACGACUUUUGAGGGUUAUGGUAGUCGGCUCGGGGUGAAGAGGGAUGCCAUUCUCGACUGGGGAGAUUACUUUUUUCUUCAGCUAUUUCCUGAGAGUGUCAGGAGUCAUGAUAAGUGGCCAAAAGUUCCGACGCCUUUCUUUAUUUUUUUUUUAUUUUUUUUUUGCAGUGCAAUAACAGAAGAAUAUUCAAAAGCUUUGAUGAAUCUAUGCAAGUUACUUACACAGGUGUUAUCCUUAAACCUAGGGCUUGAUAAAAGCUUUAUAUGGAAAGCAUUUGGCGAAGAAGAAAUAGGUUCGUGCAUGCGUGUCAACUACUAUCCGAAAUGCCCUCAACCGGGUCUUACGCUCGGCCUAUCUGCUCAUUCUGACCCUGGAGGCUUAACAGUUCUCAUGCCAGAUUAUCGUGUUAAAGGAUUACAGGUGCGAAAAAAUGAUGAGUGGAUCACAGUGAAGCCUAUGACUGAUGCCUUUAUAGUGAACGUUGGCGAUCAAAUUCAGGUCUUAAGCAAUGCAAUAUACAAAAGCGUGGAGCAUAGGGUGACAGUAAAUUCAACAGAAGAACGGCUUUCUGUAGCAUUUUUUUACAAUCCAAGAGGCGAUUUACCAAUUGGACCGGCUCAAGAACUUGUGAACCCGGUUCGACCAGCUCUGUACAAACCUGUGACUUUUAAUGAAUACAGAUUGUAUAUGAGGAAAGAAGGUCCAAGUGGCAAGUCACAGAUUGAGACUCUGAAGGCUGAAUAGCAUCAAAGCUUAUAUAUUUUUUUAUUGCUAUCUGUUGUGUUAUGAAUCAUAGUGGUUUCCAUUUCCAUUUGUAUUAUUAAUUUGUACUCUUAAGGUUGUUCAUUGUUGUUGUAUUGCUUUGAUAAGCUUUAUUAUUAUUAUUAUUUUAUGUGGGAAAUUCUAAAUGUCUCUUUGAUGUUGAAUCUAAGACUUCGUUUGGGACGGUUUUUUAUUACUUCUUAAAACGGAGUUUUAGUACAAAAAUUUAAAACUCCGUUUUAAGAAGCAGUUAAAAAGCUGUCCCAAACGAAGCCUAAUUGCUAGGCAAUGAAGAAAAGGUGUAUUAAAAAAAUUGGUUGUUUGUGUAAUAAAAUAUGAAUGUUUAUGAGAAUGUUUG